CUUAUCCUCGGCGCAAACAAAUAAAAUAGCUAACAACAAACACACCCACCUACUAGCCCACACACACACGAUUGUGUGAACAAAAGGUGUAGCUUAAGACGGUCAAAAUUUCCAGUAAUUACUCAGUACACGGGCAGUCGCAUAAUCCGCAACGAAGUCAGACUCAAAUCAUUAUUUUGUUUGUGUGUUUUCGCGUAAAAGUUAGUGGUAAGGGUUACAGCGACCGCGAGAGAGAGCGAAAAAACAACGUGCGAGUCGAGUGAGAGUGCGAUUGCAAUGACAACGUCGACAGUUAAGCGAUGCCGACGAUCGUCGCCAACGACGCCCGCUGGCGGUGAUGAGGUUCCUGGGGAGGAUGUGGAUGUGGUGAUGAACGAUAGUCCCAUCCACACCAGCGGCAGUCUGUCGAAACGAGACUCCGAGGAGGAUGCCUGGGCAUCCAAGGGAUACAACUACAUCAAUCCCUUCGUGCACCGUAUCGAAAUCGACAGUCACAUUGAAGUGGCCAAGGUCUAUGUGCUGACGGUUCUAUUGCUGCCCAUUCGUGUGGUCGGAUGUGUGCUCUCCCUUAUCUCCGCGUGGAUGUUCGCCUGCAUUGGGCUCUAUGGGAUGACGCUGGAUGACCUCAAGGCAAAGCCGCUCACGGGCUGGCGCAAGCAAAUGCAAUACAUGACGGCCAAGGCCAUGCGCAUGCUGUACGCCUCGGGAUCAUUUUACUACGUGAACAUGAAAGGAGCACCGGCGACACCAAAGCAGGCACCCAUACUGGUGGUGGCACCGCACUCCUCCUAUGUGGACUCCAUACUGGUGGUGGCCACCGGACCGCCAUCGAUAGUGGCCAAGCGGGAGACGGCAGAUAUACCGCUGCUGGGUCGCAUCAUCAACUACGCCCAGCCGAUCUAUGUACAGCGCGAGGAUCCCAAUUCCAGGCAAAAUACGAUACGGGACAUUGUGGACCGGGCCCGAUCCACAGACGAUUGGCCGCAGGUCGUCAUCUUUGCCGAGGGCACGUGCACGAAUCGCACGGCUCUGAUCAAGUUUAAGCCGGGCGCCUUCUAUCCGGGCGUGCCGGUGCAGCCAGUGCUGCUCAAGUAUCCGAAUAAAUAUGACACCUUCACCUGGACCUGGGACGGACCCGGCGUCCUACGUCUCCUUUGGCUGACCAUGACACAGUUCUACAAUCGCUGCGAAGUCGAAUAUCUGCCCGUAUACCAGCCAAACGAGGCCGAGAUGGCCGAUGCCAAUCUCUAUGCAAACAAUGUGCGCGAGGUGAUGGCCAAAGCUCUGGGUGUGCCCACAUCGGACUAUUCAUUCGAGGAUGUGAUCGUGAUGAGUCGUGCUCGUGACAUGAAGAUACCCUUUCCCGGCGACAUUGUCGAGAUUGAGCGGACCAUCGAGCAACUGGGACUGUUGGAGAGUACACGGGAUACGGAGCUGUGCGAGAUAUACUUGAGCUUGUCCAACACGGACAAGCUGGACAUCAUCACCUUUGCGGAGCUGCUCCAGGUGGAUCUGAAGAACCCGUAUUUGCACAAAUUGUUUGCCCUUCUGGAUCAUCGUCGCCGUGGCACAGUCUCGCUGAAAAGUUUUCUACUGUGCUCGCUCUUCAGCAAAUUGAAAAACGCCGACCUAUCGACCUUUCUGCGCGCACUGAUCAAGCUUUAUAGCGAGUCGAGUGAGAAAAUCAGUAGGGAAAGCUUCGUGCGUCUGAUGCGGCAUGCUGGUGGCAAGCUGAACGAGCAAAAGGCCCAGGCGCUCUACUAUGCAGUGGACACUGCCAACAUUGGCUACGUUUCCUUCGAUUCAUUUGUGGCGUACACGGAAAAGACAUCAAGCUACAAGUUUUUCUACCACAAAUCGGAGCACAUAAGAAGAUCAAAGGCGACCGUUGCAAGCAACCCCAACUAAAGCUGGCCCUUUAAGUUACAUAUUUCAAAAGCUAAGCAAGAAGCUGAGGGAGAGCAAAGUACAGCAUAGAAAAUACGGAAGAUUGUAGAAGAAUGUUAGAGAAAAGCAAAGCCCAACCAACCUAAGCAGAAACUGUCGAGUGUAUAUUUUUAAUAUUUAUUUAUAUUUACCGUGUAGCGCGUGUCCUGGCACCUAUAAAAUUUAAUUAAUAUAAUUUGUACGAUUAUUAUCUUAAUUAAUAUUUUUUUGUUUGUUUGUUUGUUGUAUGUAACAAUGCUCAGAGCGGCAAAGAGAUGCGGCCAGCCUUGUUAUUAAUUUUACAUACUCAGACUCUUAACGCAAGUCAUUUCAUCUUUGUGAUUUUUUUUUUAUACACACCAACAAACAAAAACAACCAACUUACGUUACAUAUAGGCGUUAUACAUAUAUACACUUAAAUAUACAUAAACAAACAAAAAUAUAUACAUAUACAUAAAUGUCUAUGUAGAGGCAGGCUAACGUCCAACGUAAUGGAUGGGCAGACGAUUGUAUUUGAUUUGCCCAUCGAAUGUUUCAUUGACUGUUUCCAUGGCAAAGAGAUCGUUUAGAAAUAUGUAUGCAUAAAUAUUGCACGGCAAGCCAUAAGUAUAAGACUAUGUACUAUGUAGGUGAGAGGCAACACCCAAAUGACACAGACUUUUGUAACUUCACAGACAAAUGCCUCAUGUUGUAGCCACACCCACACACCACCCGAUUACUAGUAGCAGUAGGUAGUACUGGUGACCAGUAGUAGCAUCCCCAAUUUAAUAGAACAACCACCAAUCAAGCACAUUAAAUGGAAAAUAACGUAUUGUAAAACUUUAAAUUAUGUAAAACAGUUGAACUAAUGAAAUAUCUGUGUAAAGAUAGAUAGCUAGAUGCCUGUACUGAUCAUAAACUACCCCAAAAAAAACCCGUAAAAGAACAAACCAAUUAACCAACCAAAACUGAACGGAAAUUAAUUGUACCCAUCCAGCAAAUAUUAUCCAAUGUAAAAGUCCGAUCUGCCUUCGGCUUUGCCCAUACAUCGAAAUUUGUAUCCUAUUUUAUCCUGUAUCCAGAAGAAAAGGCUACCAGAACACCAUUAUGGGAAAUCUGUUACCAACCAACAAAACACUCUUACGUUCUCUAGUUCCUAUCCAUAAUACGGCAGAGGCUAAUUAUAAUAUCUUGUGCAUUUGUAACUAAUACAGAAAACUUAAACUAGACUUUAGACCGGCACGUGGCACAGCGAGAUGAAAUUUGCAUAGCCUGAACUUAAAUCAAUCAUUUCCUGUACCCCAUCCCCCCCAAACACCCCAAACAGAGUCUAUAAUAUAAAUUACCAAAAAGAAUAACCUUAAAUAUGUAAUUGAAAACUGGCACCAAACUGAAUCUAUCCAAAUGUAAAACCCAUUGAAUUAUGACAGAGCCAGAGCCAGAGCCAGGGGCAAGGCAAAAAUAACUCCAUAGUUUUUACAUUUUGAAGAAGAAGAAACUAACUUAACCCUAAGCUAAAUGAUAUAAUUUAUGUGCUAUUCUAAUGGAUAUUAUUAGAACCUAAGCCGGCACCGAGAUCAAUCCGAUUGGGAUCAGUAUCGGUCGCAUUCUGUAUCCACGUCCACCAAAUCGGUUGAGAAAUAUGCUCAAAAAAAAUAAAAACAU